UUUCCUGAACAUCUUGUGACUAUCAGAAAAUAUCUUUUGGAGGGCUAGAAGACCAGGGGAUAUAGUGUUUACAUUUUCUGCCAUGGAACUCAACCAGUCCACGUGGAACCAGUAUCACACCCUGGCAAGAAAACUUCCCUAAGCAGGAAAGAAGCUAUUCAAGGAUUCUGCCUUCCUCCUCCUUCCGGUUGCCUGAUCUCUACCAGUUUCCAUGAUGGUUCAGUGGAAAAAACUCUGCCGACAACGUCACCUGUGGGCCCUGGGCUGCUAUAUGCUGCUGGCCAUCAUUGCUUUGAAGCUUUCUCUCAGGUUGAAAUGUGAUUCUGACCACUUGGAUUGGGAGUCUAGAGAUUUUCAAAGCCAGCACUGUAGGGAUGUUUUGUAUGAUUCCUUGAAGCUGCCAGCAAAGAGGUCCAUCAACUGUUCGGGGGUCACCCGAGGGGACCAGGAAGCAGUGCUUCAGGCUGUUCUGAAUAACUUGGAGGUCAAGAAGCAGGGGCCUUUCACAGACGCUGACUACCUCUCCAUGACCAGAGACUGUGAGCACUUUAAGACCAAAAGGAAGUUCAUACGGUUCCCACUGAGCAAAGAAGAGUCAGACUUCCCCAUUGCAUACUCUAUGGUGAUUCAUGAGAAGAUUGAAAACUUUGAAAGGCUGCUGCGAGCCGUGUAUGCCCCUCAAAACAUAUACUGUAUCCAUGUGGAUGAGAAGUCCCCAGAAACAUUCAAAGAGGCUGUCAAAGCAAUUACUUCAUGCUUCCCAAAUGUCUUCGUAGCCAGUAAGCUGGUUAGGGUGGUUUAUGCCUCCUGGUCGAGGGUGCAAGCUGACCUGAACUGCAUGGAAGAUUUGCUUCAGAGCUCAGUGCCUUGGAAAUACUUCCUGAAUACGUGUGGGACAGACUUUCCUAUAAAGACCAAUGCCGAGAUGGUCCAGGCCCUUAAGAUGUUGAAUGGGAAAAACAGCAUGGAGUCAGAGAUACCUACUGAAUACAAAAGAAACCGCUGGAAGUAUCACUAUGAGGUAGUGAAAGAUACCUUGUACAUAUCCAACAAGGAGAAGGGUCCUCCCCCUCAUAACGUAACUAUGUUCAUAGGGAAUGCCUAUAUUGUGGCUUCUCGAGACUUCAUCCAGCACGUCUUAAAGAACCCUAAAUCCCAACAACUGAUUGAAUGGGUAAAAGACACCUAUAGUCCCGAUGAACAUCUCUGGGCCACCCUUCAGCGUGCACAGUGGAUGCCCGGCUCUGUUCCCUUGCACCGCAAGUAUGACAUCUCAGACAUGACUUCUAUUGCCAGGCUAGUCAAAUGGCAGGAACACGAAGGAGACAUCAGUAAGGGGGCACCUUAUACCUCUUGCUCUGGAAUCCACCAGCGAUCUGUCUGUAUUUAUGGGACUGGAGACCUGCACUGGAUGCUUCAAAGCCAUCACCUGUUAGCCAACAAGUUUGACCCAAAGGUGGAUAAUAAUGCACUUCAGUGUCUGGAAGAAUACUUACGUCAUAAGGCCAUCUACGGGACUGAACUCUGAGGCACACUUUGAGAUUGUUGAUACCUGUGGGGCAAUGAUUAAACAUGCCCAGAACUGGCUGGGACAAUGUGGGGUGGGGGACCAGG